UACAACAUCAUAUAAAGAAUCAUGCUCUUUAUAGAAAAGGGUUCGGCUUGAUAAAAAAAGCUUUAAACAUAGCAGUUAAAACUGGAUGCACAGAAGAAUUAUAUGAAUUAUAUCAGCAAUUUAUAGAAGGGAUAGAAAAUCAACUUGAAAAACAAAAAGAACAUGCUAUACAACCAGAUA